AACUCUAACCCACCGUUUUUUGGCGGUGGGUCAGCGGAUCACCACCUCCCCGAUCACGAUCUCCAUAGUCGAUGAUCGAUGUGGAGAUCAAUGGACGGAUUUGGAUGGGCCGCCUCCGAUCGCUCACCACCUGUCCAAACCGACCUAGUUGGCAUUUCAGACACUCUGUUUGUGUUUUUGCUUUCAAUUCAAAAUUGUAUGGUUUUCUAAACUUAAAAAAAAAAAAUUUUGGAUCUACAACUAAGAAAAAAAAACGAAAGACAUGGCGUUGUGCUUCCGUAACAUUAAGCGCCACAUGUGCAUGCUGAUGCGUCAGAAUUUCGCCAAGAGUUGCGAGAACAAGCUAAACGACCAGAUCAACAUGGAGCUGAAGGCUUGCCACCAGUACUUGGCCAUGGCCUACCAUUUCGAUCGUUCGGAUAUCAGUUCGCCGGGAUUGCACAAGUUCUUCCUGCAGUCGAGCGCGGAGGAGCGGGAGCACGCGGAGAAGAUUAUGAAGUACAUGAACAAGCGGGGUGGUCUUAUUGUUUUGAGCAGUGUACCCGAGCCGUUGCCCUGUUUUGCCAGCAGUCUCGAUGCCCUAAAGCAGGCCCUCAAAAUGGAGCUGGAGGUCAAUCAGCAUCUGCUGGAUUUGCAUACCCUGGCUGGUGAGGAGUCGGACCCGAAUCUGUGCGACUUUAUCGAGGCGAACUUCUUGCAGGAGCAGGUCGACGGACAGAAGAUCCUGGCGGACUACAUCUGUCAAUUGGAAAAGGCUCAGAGCGAUGUGGGUGACUAUCUGUUCGACAAGUAUAUGGGUGUUGGGAUGCAUGCCGACAAAUGAACCACUCGAAAUGGACCACCAUCGAAGAAAUUUGUACAAUUAAAUGCCUCAACCAUGUGUAUUGAAUAAAGAAUUGGUUGAACCCCAAA